AUGGCCUUACGAAAUUGCACUUUCGACUGGAGCGCGGACAGUUUUCCUUCUCCUCGUGCCCGUCCCGGAAAGAGGCCCGGCGGCGUGGCCACACGUCGACCCAGUCCUCGGCCCAGUUCAUUACCGGCAUUGGAAAGUGUUUGCGGGUUUCCAUUCGUGUUUAUGCUUAUUUCCCCGGCCAUUAGCUGUCCCGCGGAGCGAUUUCGCAUCCCCGGCGAGUCGGGCGCGCGC